AUGAACCCCGCUCGUUCAAGCGGAGUCUUGAAUGCAGGUGAUCAAGCACCACCAUCCCCUCCAGUCCACGAACACGCGGGCUCCACUCCGACGCCUCAGACUUUCGAGAGGCGUCAGGCAACAGAAAGUUCCAUUGACGUCGAACGCCAGUGCGGCGUCCCGCUGCCCGAGGGCCGUCGGACUGCAUGCGAGGCUUGCCUGAACAUUAUCUAUACACUUUGGGAAACCAUCGUGCAGCAAGACGGGGCACGUGAGGGGUUCCAUGGUGGCGGUGUGCCACAAUUUCGUACCAGAACCUUCGUUCUUUACUACGUUGAACUGCUGCAAAAUCGGCCAGCUAUAUUCACACCCAGUAUACACGUUGAGGAGUUAGCCAGAGUAGGCAUCGCACCGGCAGAUGUCGAGAAACUUAAGAGGGUUACGAGACGCCACUUCCACAUUGUGUGCGACGCUACUAGGCGGGGAGGGCGGCAUGGCUCGUGA